CCGAUCUAAAGACCGCUGACAUUCCUACCGACGAUGUGGCAUCGCGCCCAACUUUGCCUUUCUUCGAGCUUCCUAGCGAAAUCCGUAACAUGAUUUAUGGCUACGUGUUUACAGCGCCAUCGAGAUGCCUAUACUACGACGAAUUCAAUGGAAAGACAGUAAUUCGAUCCCCAGGGAUUCUGCCUUCCGGUCAGGACACCUCCUAUAGCUCUCUGAACCUCUCUCUCAACUAUGUCAACCAUUCCCUCGCGCACGAAACCCGACAUCUCGCUCUCAAACUCAACACACUCAUCUUCCGCGCUCCUGAUCCAUUCUGCGGACCCGCCACGGCCAUUUCCAAUUUCUGCCUUUUCAUGAGUCGAUUGUCGCCCGCUCAGCGCGCUAUGGUCCGGCGCGUUGAGGUCUUGAACCUCCACAAUACAUACUUCGGGUCGCUUUCUAAAGCCCUUGAGGGCGAAGAUGGUGUCCCAGGGCUUGCAGACACGUGCUGAGGGCUAUCCAAGCAGCUACGCGUCGAGAUCAUGGUCGGGCCAUCGUCAAUAACUCUAGCGCACUACGAACAGGGUGAGCUGUACCGCCGGUCUCUCUUCCGUAUGUUCGCCGAAAACGUCAUUCGGCUGAGAGAGCUUGGGGUU